UCAAACGACGCCGAUGUGGAGCUGAAGUCUCAGAGUCGGUCUUUUAUUGUUCCUCCCUCACUCUCUACGUCGCCGAUCGGGAGAGCGAGCGAGAUGGCAUCAGCUUCAUCAUCGGAGACAACGACGGAGAGAAGAGGAAUUCCGGCAGCUCAGUUCGUGGAGGAUGUAGAAACCUACCUGUCUCAGUCUGGUCUCGAAGUCAACUCCUCCCUCUCCUUCCUCCAAGAAAGACUGCAGCAGUAUAAAUUCGUGGAGAUGAAGCUUCUUGCUCAGCAAAGGGAUCUUCAGGCAAAAAUCCCUGAUAUUGAGAAGUGCUUUGAUGUAGUUGCCACCUUGCAAACUAAGAAGGGUACUGGUGAGGCACUUAUUGCUGAUUUUGAAGUCUCUGAAGGCAUAUAUUCACAGGCACGCAUUGAGGACAAUGAUUCAGUAUGUUUAUGGCUGGGAGCAAACGUCAUGUUGGAGUAUUCAUCUGAAGAGGCCACUACUCUUCUCCAGAAUAAUUUAGAAAAUGCAAAAGCAAGUUUAGAAGUUCUUAUUGCUGAUCUACAAUUCUUGAGAGAUCAGGUGACAAUAACUCAGGUUACUAUUGCUCGUCUGUAUAAUUGGGAGGUUCACCAACGCAGAUUUAGACAAGCAGCUACCGCUGCUCCUAAAGACUCGUGAAAUAUCACCUCUUCCCCAACUUCAGAGGUAGCAUUUAGCCAUUUAGUUUGUUUUAGUGAGUUUAUGGUCUUUUCAGACUUUCUAUUUUCUGGAGAACGACAUUUUACUUCAGGGUCCUCUCUAGAACUGCACUAGGUCCAGAUUUUGGUUUAUAUGGCACCUCCUUGCCGAGAAUUGUUCAUUUACUAGUAGCACUUUAGCUAGAUGAUAUAACUUAUGGAUUUGAGUUGUAACAUAUUUAUUGAUGUGUGAUUUCUGGCUGGUGAAUGUAUGUGAUUGGUUUGUAGGCCAUGAUAUUUUAUUUUGUUCGUUUA